CUCUCUACGCCUACACUGGACUGAAGAAGAAGACGACGCGCAAGCGGAAGCGGAAGCGGAAGGCGUUAGUCGCUCCGCCACGUCCAUCCGGUGUCGCUCCGGGCACCACCAUCCCUCUCUCUCUCCCGGCAAUGAGGCUUCGGUCCAAUGUGCCUCUCUCGUUGCUCCUCGCAUGCAGCCUCCUCCUCCUCCUCCUCCUCGUCCGGUUUCCCUCUUCGCUUGCCGUGGAUGAUUCGACCGGCCGGUCCAACGCCGCCUUCGCGGACGAAAUCAAUGCGACCGCGGCCGAGUUUAAUGCCUCACGGCCGAGAUCCAAGGAGGACAGCUUCGCCGACAUGAUCGAUCGCGCUCUAGAGAAGGAGUUCACCGAGAGCGACCAGAACGAAGCUACAGAUCCUGGAAGCUUCAAUAACAGUGUUGCAGGGCAGCAGGCAGUUUUGGAAACUGUUGCUAGAGUAAAGUCCAAGAAGAAUGACACCAAGGAGGAGAAGUCAUUCCAGCUACAUACUGUUUUCAACCUGGAUAAUGAGAACCGAGCAGAAGACACACCAAUGCUUAUUGAUCGGAAGGACAAUGUCUUCAUCAUAUCGAAUCCAAAGUCGAAGUACCCUGUGUUACAGUUAGACUUAAGAUUGAUAUCAGAUCUUGUGGUUGUCAUUGUCUCUGCAACUUGUGGUGGCAUCGCUUUUGCUUGUGCUGGACAGCCGGUGAUUACCGGGUAUUUGCUUGCAGGAUCUUUCAUUGGACCUGGUGGCUUUAGCUUUGUUAGCGAAUUGGUGCAAGUUGAAACAGUUGCUCAGUUUGGUGUAAUUUUUCUUCUUUUUGCGCUUGGACUUGAGUUCUCAGCAACUAAGCUACGAGUUGUUAGAGCAGUUGCUGUGCUGGGAGGUCUUCUCCAGAUUUUCCUUUUCAUAUGCUUGUGCGGCAUAACAGCCUCGUUAUGCGGUGGCAAACCUUCAGAGGGGGUAUUUGUUGGUGCAUUCCUUUCAAUGUCUUCGACUGCUGUGGUUUUAAAAUUUUUGAUGGAAAGAAAUAGCAUAAGUGCUCUUCAUGGUCAGGUUACAAUAGGAACCCUUAUUUUGCAGGAUUGUGCUGUUGGUUUGCUGUUUGCUCUCCUUCCAGUCCUUGGUGGCACUUCUGGUGUCCUUCAAGGAGUGAUAUCCAUGACUAAAUCGUUGGUGAUUCUAAUUGCGUUUUUGGCGAUUUUGUCGAUAUUAUCACGUACAUGUGUUCCGUGGUUCCUGAAGCUUAUGAUCAGUUUGUCAUCACAAACUAAUGAACUUUAUCAAUUGGCAUCGGUGGCUUUCUGCCUGCUUGUUGCUUGGUGUAGUGACAAGUUGGGCCUGAGCCUUGAACUGGGCUCCUUUGCUGCUGGAGUGAUGAUAUCAACGACUGAUCUAGCUCAACACACACUCGAACAAGUUGAACCUAUCCGAAACUUCUUUGCUGCUCUUUUUCUUGCCAGCAUCGGGAUGUUGAUACAUAUUCAUUUUCUCUGGAAUCAUGUUGAUAUUUUAGUAGCAGCUGUUAUAUUGGUGAUCAUCAUAAAAACAGUAGUCGUGGCCACAGUUGUGAAAGGAUUUGGAUACAACAACAAGACAGCACUUCUUGUGGGAAUGUCUCUGGCACAGAUUGGGGAAUUUGCUUUUGUCCUUCUCAGUCGUGCUUCUAAUCUUCGAAUAAUUGAGGGUAAACUGUACCUCUUGCUACUUGGUACCACAGCUCUCAGUUUGGUGACCACGCCAUUGCUGUUCAAGCUGAUUCCUGCUGUUGUACAUCUUGGAGUACUAUUGGGCUGGUUCACCCCGGACAGUCCUAGUGAGAUUGGAUAUAAAGGAGAUAGCCUACGUGCAGAAAGUGCUAAGCGUAUUACCUUCAUGGUCCAAGGCUCUCAUGAUUCAUGAUAUUAAAUAAAUCACAAACCCACAGAAAUGCAAAUUUCCCGCCUUUCCUGAUGGGCUUCUUAAUACUCUGGGGGGACAGGUGCAUAAGACUGCAAAGGAAGUCGACUGAGCAUGCGGUUUCUUCCUUUUGUGAAAGCUCUUCUUGUGUUUGCCUACGUCCAGUACAUAUUUCUGAUCAGAGCAGAGUGAACAGCAUGCCAACCGUAACCCAAGUAAAGGAAAAAAAAGAAUGGGGGAGUGUAUAUGAUUCACACGCGAAAAUAUACUGCUAAUCUUGGAUCUAGGUCGUCAUUUUUAGUCUCUUUGGUGGCCUCUAGUGUAACAUAUUGUCCAUGGAAAUGUAGGUAGAAUAUUCAUAUUCUCUUUCCUGUCAUUUAGCAAGUUGAUUGAUUCAUUUUUUUUCCCUCUUCACAAUUUUGAACUUCUCGGUUUGAGUUACUUCGGAUAUGAACUAACAAAGAUCUGAUGUAGUGUCCUAACUAGUGUAUCAUAUCCACGCUUUCCC